AGAGUCAACUGUGAGAGUAUAGCUGUGACUAUUUUUAUUUGUAUGUAUGCUGGUGUGUGUCUUUGAGUGGGUGGGUCUAGCUCAUGAGGAUGUGAAAUCAAGAGGACUUUCUCAAGUAUUAGUAUCAUCUGAAAGUGAGCACCAUGGCAGGCUUCCAUUUGCUGCUCUCAGUUCUUGUCAGUUAUGUGGCAGCAGCCUUGCGACCGCCACGCCAGCUUCCUCCAUGCCAAAUUGUCCAAAAUGAUGUGUUCUGCAAUGAUCUCAAUCUACAAAGUACACCAGCUAACCUUCCUCCUGGUAUACAAAAGCUAGACCUAUCACAUAACAAACUUCAAAACCUUACUCAUGAGACGCUGGCGUUCCAUACCACCAUCCAUCAUCUGAAUCUUCAUUCAAACAAGAUCCAAUUCAUCCAGCCUGGUUUGUUCAAAGACAUGACAAAUCUCAAAGUCCUCAUUCUGUCCCGAAAUAAUCUUGAUGUCUUUGCUCUCAAUAAGACCAAGAUUGGCUCUCUUAAAGCUGUGGAGUCACUUGAUCUUUCAAACAAUGGCUUGUACACUGGGAUGACAGACUAUUUUCUGGGUGACUCUCCAGCUAUGACAAACCUCUCUUUAAAUGGCAACAGUAUCACCAAAAUCACCAAAAAUGCUUUUUGUGGAUCCUUGGCCUUGAGAAAGAUCAGCCUCCACAACAAUGUUAUCUUGGAGAUCGAAGAUGGUGCGUUCGACUUAUUGGACUAUCUCACUGAACUCGACUUGUCCAAAAACUCUAUAACUUGCAUCACAGACUUUAAUCUCUCUCACUUAAAGUGGCUCAAUCUUAGUAAGAACAGCCUGGAGACCUUCCAGACGAUAGAUUCAGAGCACCUGUAUGAACUCCUCUACCUUGAUCUUAGUGAAAACAAAAUGCCUUAUUUUCCUGUUCUCCCCAAACGAAACAAACUUGAGUACCUGGAUGUUUCACGAAACCAUCUCCGGAGUGUCAAUAAUACAGGGACUGUGGAGGAACUGGCAAACUUCAGGGGCACAAUUUUAGCUCAUACUCCAUUUCGUUUAAUCACCAGAUACCAAGAUUUCUCAAGCUUGAUAUACCUUGACUUGAGUUACAACCAAAUCAAAAGCAUUCCACAGACCUUUAUUUGCAGCAUGGUGAUGCUUGAGGUCCUCAAUGUCAGUAGAAACUGUAUUGAGUCAUUUUUUGUCAACCACGAAGACAUUCUCCAGAAUUUGAAAAUCCUAGAUCUCAGCUAUAACUCCCUGCAGAACCUGUCAUUUGGGGAGAAAACUCUCCAGUCACUCAAGGAGCUCUUCCUACAAGGAAACACCCUCACUACCAUUAACCCCCAAACAUUUCAGAGACUUCCUGGUUUGAGAUCCCUGCAACUCCAGCAGAACAAUCUAAAAAUCUGUAUCCCACAGCAAAUACCGGUUGAACUACCCAAAAAAGACCACUUUUACCAGGAUUCUCCCAGUUGUGUUUUCUUUUACUCCAUUCCAGCCUUGCAGUUCUUGUAUCUCUCUGAAAACAAUCUCAGGGUUUUGCCUGCGAAUGCCUUUCAUAACACCCCUCUGAAGCUACUGGACCUAUCCUUAAACCCGGGGUUAGAGAUUGAUCCGAAUUCACUCUCGGGUCUUGAGCAUUCCCUGAUUCACCUCUUAUUGAAGGAGAACAACAUCUCCCAACUCAACACAGACUUGUCUGCACUAAGCAGACUCAAGUAUGUAGACCUGUCCACCAACCAGUUAACCACUCUCCCAAUAUGGAACAAAGAGUCCUCAAUUGAGUCACUGAACCUGCAGAACAACAACCUCGUCACGCUGGAGUACAACACGGUGCUGGUUUUGGAGCGGUCCCUCAAGACCAUCUACAUGGGCUCCAAUCCUCUCAGCUGCUGCAGCAAUAUACGUUUUCUCCACAUGGUUCAGCGCUCUGCCGUGGUUGUUCCAGACAUUGACACUGUGACUUGUGUAUAUGUGCAGGACUCGGAGCCAGUCAACAUAGAGAAGGUGACCCAGGACAUGUGUCACACGCUGGACUCCAGAGUCAUUACCAUAAUUGUCACUGUAGUGAUCGCGCUGGUUUUGAUCGUCGUAUUAGGGCUGCUGUCUAAGCUAUGUCACCCAAGGAGACGUAAGCACAACAGUAGCUUCAGUGCUUAAAAUCUGUACCAAAAACAGCGCAUGGUUAACCUUUGAUUUAGAGGGACAUGUGGCGAUUUGUGGUCUAAGCUCUCAGUUGUAAGAAUGUCUUUUUUUUUACAUCAAGCCAAGGAAAACGAAUGUCUCACUUUACUGAGUAUUAAAAUACAAGAACAACAAAACACUAACAAAGAUAGUAAGUUGAAAUAGUCUUUGUUUGUGAAUCAUAAAUGAAGAUUAGACUGAAGACAUUUAAUUUUGAUUCACCUCAUAUAAGUUGGGAGUCAUUUUAGGUGACUGCACGGCAUCAAAGCAUAAGAAUGUAUGUGUGUCCAUGUGUUUGUGCUUUUAAAACAAAAACACGUUUUCUUUUGACCAUUGUACUUUGCACUUUAAUUUCCUUUUGUGUUUACCUCCCUUUUGUUUGUAAGAAUAUCUCAUGCUGUGAUUUUUUUUAAAGUACACUAAGUGAUGUAUUGUGCGUCUAUUCCAAGCAGAGUUUAUGAGUAUAUAUAUUAUCAUUAUCAUGAGAGUAGGUGAGCCAUUCCCAAUUUUAUAUUUUUUUAUAUUGACAGUAGCAAAGCUAAGAGCAUGGUGGAGGAGUGGAGACAUGGGGAAUGGGGUUGGAACAUAAAUUGAAAAUGUAAAUGUAAUGCUUCCACUACAGCUUAUAUGUGUCAUAAACAUGCAAACGUGUGAGCUGUAUUCCCACUGGCCUGUCUUGGAGAACUCUUCAUUAUUUAAUGAAUAUUUUACAGUGAUUUUUUUCAUUUUGGUGUGUUGUUUUUGAGUCUAUUCCGUCGUAACUGCUUCUUCUGCAGCUAUCCAUGUCUAUUUCUAUGACUGGACGACAUCUUCAUUCAUUGGACUGAUGUCGCUGGGAGGCAGGAAGUAGAUGCAUCCAUGGAUGUAUAAUAAACUGUAUAAUCUUGUCAUUAGACUACUGCUUCAACAACCAAAUUAGUCAAAGCAACAUACAACUGAGAUUGGAAAAAUGAAUUACCAUUUGCAGACUUUGGCGAACACCGAGUUCAGUCUAGCAGCAGGGUGUUUAUAUCUAUGAAGGAAACCAAGAUAAAGACUUAAAGCUUGGUAACUAAAUGCCUGUUGCUCGUUUGUUUUUUUGUUUUGUUUUGUUUUUCUCAUAAACUAUGCCUUACUCCACCCCGGUUUGGCUUUGUUUUGUUUUCGUCUGCAAAACUAUGAUUCUUUCUCUUGAAGACGGUAGCCAGCUGAAUGCAGAGAUAUAAGCCGUCCUGAGGUGUGGCCAUUAGAGAGACAAGCAAAAUCCUGUCAUAUGUCUUAUAGUUUCAUCAAAAAUUACGUUUUAGUCUUUUUUAAUUACUUUUUGAUCAAAAAGUUAACCUAAUUUAACCAUCAUGGCAAGCUAGAUACACCAGUUUAUAGUUUCCGCAAAAUCAUGUUUGAAUAUUUG